UUGACUGAGAUGAAAUAGAAUUAUUCCUAUCUGAUCUUACCCUUAAAUUUAGUUUUGAUAAAUAUAUUUAGGUAGUUACCACAUGAAGCACAUUUUUUAGGUUAUCAUUUUUUUUCAGUGUAAGAAAUACAAAAUGCGAUGUUUUUGCAAGAAUAAAUUUUUUUAUGAAUGUUCUUCAUGCCUGUUUUAAAAUGGCCAAGGAAGCAACAAAUGAAUACCAUUUAAUUUGCCUUUCAUCAGAUUCUCUAACUGUAGUAUUUUAUUUCAUAUUUCCAGACUAACGAGACCUUCAGCAUAUCUAACUGCACUAUGGCAAAGUGCAUAAAGGGAGAUGUCAUUGAGAUUGUCCCAUUGCAAUGUCCUCAGCUCCAGAAUAUCACCUGUGAAAAUCAUCAGCGUUCAGUUCUGAUCUAUGAUAAACGCCAAUGCUGCCAGCAAUAUGCCUGUGAUUGCUUUUGUCAAGGCUGGGGUAGCUCACAUUACAUCACAUUUGAUGGACUCUUCUACAGUUAUAAAGGAAACUGCACUUAUAUAUUAAUGGAGGAAAUUAGGCCUCAAUACCAUUUGAAGAUCUACAUUGACAAUAUCUACUGUGACAUUGGUGAGCACGCAUCUUGUCCCAGAUCCAUUACUGUGUCUUACAAUGAUCAAGUCAUCACACUUAGGAAUCACAUUGGAGGUGCGGAUCUAGAGGUGAGACCUACAGUAAGAUUGCGAAAAGACUUUCACUAUGUGUUUAGUCUGCACUGUAUUGUAAAUGUGUUGGUUUUCUUUGUGGUUGCCUGUUUUUCUAUAGCCCUGAAGGACAAUGUUAAGCUAAUGCUGCCAUAUGCUCACAAUGGUGUGAGAGUAAUAAGCUCAGGAUUAGACUUGUUUCUGAGUAUUCCAGAGCUGAAUGUUGAUAUAACAUUCAGAGCCCUUGGCUUUAGCAUCAAUCUGCCAGUGCAACAUUUUGGAAACAACACACAAGGCCACUGUGGAACGUGCAACAAUAACCAGGCUGAUGACUGCAUGAUCCCUGGAGGCAUCUUAGUCAAUGAUUGUGAAGUGAUGGCUGAUUACUGGCCAGCCAGUGGUGUGAAUGGCAAAAAUUGCCAACCAACUCCAAAACCCCCAGUCUUGAAUAUAUCCCCACCCCCACCAAAGACACCAUGCCCGGCCCAAUCUGAAUGCAACCUUCUCGAGAGCAAGCUGUUCGAAGCGUGCCAUUCCCACGUGCCCCCUAAAAACUUCUUUUUAGCUUGUCAGUCGGAUAGUUGUAAUAUGAACAACCCCACCAUGGUGUGUGCCAGUCUUCAGAGCUAUGCAAGUGCUUGCUUGCAGGUCGGAGUCUGCAUACACUGGAGGAACUACACUAAGCAUUGUAACAUUAAAUGUCCAGCAGAUAAAAUGUUUUUGCAUUGUGCUCCAUCUGAACCACCAACAUGUAGAGAUUGGCCUAUGCAGAGCAUAACAGUGCCCACAGAAGGCUGCUUCUGUCCUAAGAACACAAUACUCCUCAACAAGGAGUCAGGAUUAUGUGUGCCAAAAUGUGGAUGCUUGGACCCGUCUGGGACACCACGUGAGUAUGGUGAGCGUUUUAGGUACAACUGUGAGGACUGUGUCUGUGAUAGGGCAAGCCAAUCAGUGUUCUGUAAGCCCAAGGAGUGUCCUUAUGUAAAACCUGAGAUCUGCACUAAGCCCGGCUUUGUGCUGGUCAAUGUCACCGAUCCCUCAAAGCCAUGCUGCAGCAAACAAGUUUGCCAUUGUUCCAUUGACAUGUGCCCAAGUGGAUCAUGUACACAAGGGUCCUGUUUUUAUGAUGCACCAGACAACACCAGACACGUUCUCAAGAGUGGAGAGGAGUACAAGUACAAAUGUGAAACUGUUACCUGCCGUCAAAUGAAUGGCUCGUUUGUGAUUGAGAAGAGCAACACAGAAUGUCCUUACUUGAGUUUAAAGGACUGUGGGCCUGGGUUUAAAUAUGAGAAAAAAGUUGGAGAGUGCUGUGGAACAUGUACACAAGUUGCCUGUAUUUAUGAUGCACCAGACAAAACCCGACAUGUUCUCAAGGAUGGAGCAGUUGACAAUUACCAAUGUGAAACUGUUACCUGUCAUAAAUUUAAUGGCUCGUUUGUAACUGAGAAGACCAAAACAGAAUGUCCUUACUUGAGUUCAUUUGAUUGUGGGCCUGUAAGUAGAAUCUCUAGCUUCAACUCUGCAUCGAACACUUCUUCUGGCUGGUUUGAAUAUGUGAAAAAAGAGGGAGAGUGCUGUGGAUCAUGUAGACAAGUGGCCUGUAUUUAUGAUGCACCAGACAAAACCAGACAUGUUCUCAAGGAUGGAAAGGAGUACAGUUUCAAAUGCAUGAAUGCUACCUGUCUGAAAAGGAAUGGCAUGUUUAUGACAAUGGAGAGCUAUAAGCAAUGCCCGCCCUUUAAUCCAGAUGACUGUGUGCCUGGCACAGUGCAAUUUGACAAAGAUGGAUGCUGCCAGAUCUGUGAAACCAGCAACUGUGUUCGUGUGAAGAACGUCACCCGUCUGCAUGUCAAAGACUGCAUUUCCAUUAAGGACGUAGAAGUUGCAUCCUGCACUGGCCACUGUGAUGACGGAUCAAGGUAUUCGAUGGAAAAGAACAUCAUGAUGCACAACUGUUCUUGCUGCCAGGAGGAGAAAUUCAGCCAUCAACAGGUGACGCUGAAGUGUGCCAAUAGCAGCGAGAUCCUUCAUGACUACAUUUAUGUUGAGAGCUGCAGAUGCACUCCUACCAAGUGUGAAGAAAACACUAUAAAAAAGAACCCUGUGUAG